UCUUAUACUAAUCCUUACUAAUCCUUUUAAAGCGCUGCCAUUAGAUUAUUAUGUUUUAACUCUCGAGGGGCUUCAAUUAUUUCGUCACACAUGAUCAGUUGGACCAGACUCUGCAGUUGGACAUUCCACUCCAAGCGCUAAACAUUCAACUUUUUUUGAAGCUGAAAGUGUCGAUAGUCUAUCGAAGGUAAAUAACAGUUCUCUUACUCACUUAAAAAUGGCAGCAAUGUUACGAGCUCCCUUCCGCGUUGCGGCUGUUUCUCACUGCAAGGACCUGUUAUCAAUAACCUGGCAAGACGGUAAGCAGAGUAACUUCCCAAAUAUCUGGCUUCGAAGUGCCGUGCGCGAUCCCGAGGUUUUCGAUGCCGGUUCUUUGCUGUAUAAAAGAGAUGACUACGUUGAGUUUAUCCGUAAAGAAUCCCCGUUGGUUCGUGCAGAACAUGAGAAGGGAAGCGAGGAUAUUCUUGUUGAAUGGGGAGACCAUCUUGGUACUUUCAACGCUUCUUGGCUUCGUGCUCUAGACCACAAUAUCAAUAAAGAUCUGUGCAAAAAGCCUGACAUCACUCUUUGGGAUGCCAACUCCAAGUUUCCUAUUUACAAGUAUUCGGAGAGGAAGGAAACGUUCCGCACUUGGUUCAACGACUUGAGGAAGUACGGCUUUGCAACUUUCGAGGGAGUGCCUCCGAACGAGGAAGGCCUCAUGGGCAUAUUAAACUCUAUUGGUCAAGAAGCACAACGCACCCAUCCUACAAAUGUGCUCCAUAUCUUAAAAGAUAGCAAGAAAGAAACGAGCUACGACUCUGCAACUUAUACCUCGAAUGCGCACCCAAUGCAUGUGGACACCCCCUACUAUCCAACGAUGUUCAGAUUGACUUGUUUGCUAGGAAUGCGCUACAAUGCCCCGGUUCAAGACACGUAUAACUUUCUUGUCGACAACCUGAAGGUGAUUGAGGAAAUACGCCGAGAAGAACCCGAGGCAUACGAGCUGCUUCGUACGAUCCCAGUGCGUCUGGCCAGGAGACGAUUGACUGUUCCUGAGAAGUGUAAAAACCCUGAAGAUCACUACUUAUACCACUUAGACCUCUCGGAAAAUAAGACAAUGAUCGCCUAUGACCAGAAAGAGAAGCACGAUCAUAUUAAUUUGACGAACAAACACGCUGGUGUGGAUUUAAGCGUGUUUAGAGAUCACGCAACGAUGAAGAAGCACUACGAUGCGUACAGGCUACUGCAAAAAAAGCUAGACGAGAAAGCGAACCAGAAAAGAAUGAUCCUGAAAGAAGGAACGGCUGUCCUCAUGAACAACGGCCGCGUGAGUCAUGGGCGAGAACCCAUCCACGAAUCGUCAUCACGUGAUAUCUUACUCUCCUUUAUCUCUGAGGGAAUGUGGAACAGCAGAUGGCGAAUCCUGAAUGGGCAGAAAUCAGGCCUUGAAGAAAAAUGGCUGUAUGGAUGUUCUCAUGAGACGCUGGAAAUACUCGCAGACAGAAUGGAAGUAUGAAAGACAUCGAAUAGUCCCUUUAACAGUUCCUUGCGCCAUCUUGAAAGGUAGCCGUGUCUUUGCAUCUUGACACUUGAAUAAUUGUCCGAGGUGUAAAAAAAAAAAAAUCUAUUAUUGCCAGGUCACUGUUCGUGUCGCUUCGAUGCAAGGCAUGGCUUCCUUGAAAGACGGCGCAGGGAACAGUGAAGGGGACUAUUUCUAGUUUGCACAUGACGUCAUAGCCGCCAUCUUGGUUAAAUUCAUCAAAAGAAAUGAAAAUGAAUUCUUUUGUUAUUUUGAUUUUUCACUCCCUUGAGGAUGUAGUUGAGCCAAUCAGAAACCUUGUCUGUACGAGAAUAGAAAUUAGAUCCUAAUGUUACGUGUAAACAAUUAAUUAGCCAUCGUAGUUUUUUAGUCUCGUGGGAAUAAAAAGAUACAGUAAAAACUC